GGCUUCCUGUGUGUUGCCACGGCGACGUUUAACAACAACGGUUAAACACAGACCUGGCACCGAGGAAUUCAACGUUCUCUCCGCGAUAACAAACGCACCGGAAGAGGCGGAAAGGAAUAAAUCGCCAGUCAGCGUAAAGGAGAGCAACGAUGAGUCAACCACAGAUUAUCCAGGUUUUCGAGCAGUACCAGAAAGCGAGGAUGCAGUUUGUGCAAAGUGUCGCGCUGCUGGCAGUCAGGCCCCACAACACAGGCGGCCUCCAGAACGUUGGUGUGAUGGCCCUGCUGCGGCCCCUGCUGCUGGACGUGGUUCCCAAAGUCCAGCAGACGGCCGUGCUGGCUCUGGGCCGCCUGGCGGACCACAGCGAGGACCUGGCCCGGGUUCUGGUGAAGGAGGACGUCCUGCCGCCGCUGGUCCACUCUCUGGCCUCGCAGAACAGGUUUUACAAGAAGGCGGCCGUGUUUGUGCUGCGCGCGGUGGCCAAACACUCCCCGGAGCUGGCCCAGGCCGUGGUGGCCUGCGGGGGCGCCGACGCCCUGGUUCUGUGCCUGGAGGAGUUCGACCCCGGGGUGAAGGAGGCCGCGGCCUGGGCGCUGGGAUUCAUCGCGCGCCACAACGCACCGCUGGCGCAGAGCGUGGUGGACGCGGGCGCCGUGCCCCUGCUGGUGCUGUGUCUGCUGGAGCCCGAGAUUGCCAUUAAACGCAUCGCGGCCUCCACCAUCAGCGACGUGGCCAGACACACGCCGGAGCUGGCGCAGAGCGUGGUGGACACCGGCGCCGUCCCACAUCUGGCACAGAUGAUGCUGAAUCCAGAUGCAAAGCUCAAAAGGCAGGUCCUCUCGGCCCUCUGUCAGAUCAGCAAACACUCGGUGAGCCUGGCUGAGAUGAUAAUAGAGGCGGACGUCUUCCCUGCUGCCAUGUCCUGCCUCAAAGACCCCGAUGUGUAUGUGAGGAAGAACGUCACCACCCUGAUGAGGGAGGUGGUGAAGCACACGCCAGAGUUGUCCCUGAUGAUUGUGAACUGCGGUGGAGUGGCCGCGGUCGUCGACUACCUGGGCGACUGCCGUGGAGACCUGCGGCUGCCCGGGAUCAUGAUGCUGGGAUAUGUCGCCGCUCACAGCGAGAGCCUGGCCAUGGCAGUCAUCCUGUCCAAGGGGGUGCCCCAGCUGGCCGUGUGCCUGUCGGAGGAACCGGAGCCUCACGUCAAGGCGGCCACGGCCUGGUCCAUCGGGCAGAUAGGGCGUCACACCCCGGAGCACGCUGCGGCCGUGACCAGGGCCAACCUGCUGCCCAAGCUGCUGGAGCUCUACGUGGACGCGGCGAGUUCGGAGGACCUGCAGGCCAAAUGUAAGAAGGCUCUGAAGAGCGUGCUUCAGAUGUGCACAUACCUGCCAGAGCUAGAGUCUCUGCUCUACGAUGCACCAAGCAACAUCCUGAAGCAUGUGGUCUGUCAGCUGAGCAAGGUGUUGCCUCAUGACAGCAAGGCUCGCCGACUGUUCGUCUCUAGCGGGGGUCUGAAAAAGCUGCAGGAGAUCACGGCCGAGCCCGGCUCAGCGCUACAGGAGCACAUCAACACCAUAAACAACUGUUUCCCCGAAGAGAUAGUCCGCUAUUAUUCCCCCGGCUACCCUGAGGCGCUGUUGGAGAGGGUCGAAAACUACCAGCCAGCCUGACUUGUUAAAUAAAGUUAAGUUUUCACAUUUAAA